AUGACGGGAGGUGACUCCUUUCAGGAGCGCGGUCUCAUCCCGCGCGCCAUAAGUGACGUGUACGAGUCCAUUGGAGGGACUCCAGACCGAAAAUUCAAGGUCCUCAUCUCCUACAUGGAGAUCUACAAGGAGAGCGUCUAUGAUCUUUUGGACGUCGGCACCCGCAAUAAGCCUUUGGAGGACUGGACAAAGGUACUGAUGAUGGACGACGAAGACGGAGAAAUGCACCUCCGGCACCUAAAGCUUUACGAAGCUGCAUCUGAAGAGGAUGCUCUCAACCUUCUUUUCAUGGGGAACUGGAACAGAAUAACAAGCGAGACACCAAUGUAA